CAAACGCAGGUGUUCCAAAUUAAAAAAACAUGAUAAUAGUUGUUUAAUGGAAUCUUUUAAAUCAAAUAAAAGAUAAUCAAAACUACUUGAUCUAGAGACUAAAAACUGACUAGAGAAACGUAUAUAAGCAGUGAUAGAUUAAAUUAAAUUCAGUUUAGCAUUUUUUUGAAUUUCAAGAGGCAAAAUGGCAACUUUUAAAUUUACUCUUCUCUUUUGCGCCGCAUUUUUAGUUUACCAGGCACAGGCCGUACCUCAACCCCAAACCCAAUCCGUCGAAGAUAUCGAUAUAAUUGGCAUUGCAAAAAAAAUUGUAAAAGUUGUCGAAGGAAGUUUGGAUUGGUUGGUUACAGAAGCUGAAAAAGUUAUUAAUAAUAUCACACCAGAAAAAUGGAAUGAUGUUCAAGUUAAAAUAGUUUUUAUUACCAAACAAGUUCUUGGCGUAGGUCUUGAUAAAAUCCUAUUAGAUGUAACUAAUAUGGGAUCUGAGAGCUCUGAUGCUGGCAAAAAAUUGGCAGGCUGCGUAGUAGCUGCCAGAGAUGACAUUCUCAACGUACCUGUCACUUUCUUUGAUGAUUCAAGCAAGUGCAUUUCAGAUGAUUUGCUUGCGUUAGUCAAACUUAUGGGGCCUCUUGUUAAGGAUCUUGAGGGUAUCCAAACUGAAGCCAAAGCUGCUGCUGACGGUAUCGAUGAUUGCGAAGGAAGUGAUUUAAGUGGUCUUCUCUGUGUAGCUCAAGUUGCUGGUGAGCUUUUCGAAGUAUUCGGCAAAAUUCCAUCUGAAAUCAAACCUGAACUCACACCAGUGAUCACCGAGGUUAAAUCCGUGGUCAAAGAUGCCACAGCCUGCGUAAAAAAUGAAGUGCCUGCAUAUUUCAAAAAUGCCGGAAAAGUUUUGGGCCAAGUCGCUGCGUGCGUUGCUGCCUAAUAAUUUAGAUUUUGUAUUAAUUUAGUAAAUAAAUAUUUUUAAAUAAUCCCAA